AUGAUUGUUCAAGAAACAAUUAUUGUACAAUUCUUUCAAGGGAAUGGACUAGGAUUUGCCUUGGCUCUUGGAUUGACAUUUGGAAGAUUAGCAUCAUUUUUUGCAACAAUUUUAGCUGUACCAUUAUCUUUGAUGCCACAAUUAGGAUAUCGUACACCAUUUUUUGUAGCAGCAUUUACAUGUUUUAUUUCUUGGGUAAUGAGCAUAAUAUAUGUAUUUCUUUUGAGUUAUGCGGAUAAUAGAAAAAAUCGUAGUAAAGAGGGUGAAGCUGUCAAUAAAUUGAUAAAAAAUAAAAAAGUACAUUGGGAUGAUAUAUUUCAACUUUCUGAUCUUUUUUGGUGGUUUCUUGUGGUAGGUUUAUUGUUUGGAACAUCAAUGCCUCCAUUUCUUCAUUUAUCAAGCAAUAUAAUAAAACAUCGAUUUGAUACAACAGAUAUGUUGGCAGCAUGGGACGCAUCUAUAAUAUUAUUAAUACCUGUAAUAUUAUACCCAUUUUUGGGAUUAUUUAUGGAUAAAUAUGGGAUGAGAUUGUAUAUACUAAUUUCCGGAUCUGCAGCAAUUUUAAUGACAUUUUUGUUAUUUUUACUACCACCAAAAUUGGUUCAUUCAUAUCCACCAAUUCUACUUUUUGCAUUUGCAUACGCCUCAGUUCCAUUAACACUUGUCACCUUAGUACCAUUAUUGACAAAACAUGUAUCAACUGGGCUUGGAUUAUUAAAAAGUGUUGAUAAUAUUGGGGCAACAUUAACUCAGACAUUUGCAGGACUUUUAUUAGAUGAACAUGUUAAAAGGAAAAAAUACGAAAUUAGUAACGGAAUUGAAUAUGGACAUGAGGAUGAUGAUUUAGUGGCUUUAAGAAUGUUUGCCAUCCUAAGUUUUCUUUUACUUUUAAGCAGUUUGGUAUUUUGGUGGGCAGAUAAGAAAUAUAGAGAUGGUAAUAUAAAUUCAAAGGAUGAUGGUUACAAUAAUGAAAUUCAUCAUGAUUUUGAUAAUUAUGAUAAAUUAAAAGAAAAUGAUGAUGACGACGAAGUUGAAGUUGAUAAAGAAAUGGAAGAAAUGCAAAGCAGUGAAAGUAUGCGAAUGGUGGUCAUAGAAGAUGAAAUAACAUUCGUUAAAACAGCAUUGUCAAAAAAGAAAAAGAGAACAAUAGUUUAUAUUGGAAUAAUUGCCUUAUUGUUAUUAAUUUGUUGGUUAACCUUUGCGAUUGUUGCUUUUGAAAAGGCCGGAGUACAUGCUACUGGUCAUAACAACUCUGAAUGA